CUUUGUAUAUUUAUAAGCCAAGAGAUCAAAGGGGACCAGAAGCGAGAGAGCUUUGUAAUCCUCUCAAGACGAAAAGAAGAAGAUUAUGUUGCCCGUAAGACAAACCAAGAGAGUUUUCUACUCCGCCGGUGUCUUUACGCUGGCGAGGAAAAGACGGCGAUGUGUUUCUUCUUCUAUUUCUCCGGCGCCGGAAACUAAUACCGGACCCAAUUUGUUAGAUUCAAUCCCGGACGACCUUGUUGUUUCUAUCCUUUGUAAACUUGCUUCUACAUCUCGAUGUCCUGCUGAUUUCAUCAGCGUUUCGAUGACAUGUAAGAGAUUAAACACUUUAGCUACGUGUCCUUAUGUUCUGUCGAGGUUGUCACGAAAAGCUAUUGCCAUAAAAGCUCAGAAUUGGUCGGAAUCAGCUCACCGGUUUCUCAAACGCUCCGCCGACGCCGGAAGUCUCGAAGCUUGCUACACUCUCGGAAUGAUUCGGUUUUACUGUCUGCAAAACAGAGGAAACGGCGCGUCGCUGAUGGCUAAAGCCGCGAUUAAUUCCCACGCGCCAGCUUUAUACUCUUUAGCCGUGAUUCAGUUCAACGGAAGCGGCGGUUCCAAGAACGACAAGGAUCUUCGAGCCGGUGUGGCUCUGUGCGCUCGUGCGGCUUUCUUGGGACACGUUGACGCGCUCCGUGAGCUUGGCCACUGUCUCCAAGAUGGUUACGGUGUUCCACGGAACGUCUCGGAAGGUCGGAGAUUCCUCGUUCAAGCCAACGCUCGUGAACUCGCCGCCGUUUUGUCUUCCGGCAUCGAGGCUUGCUCGUGGCUAACUCUAUCACAGCCUCAAACCCAUGGUUGUCCGUUGCUGAGCGAUUUUGGAUGUAAUGUCCCGGCGCCGGAAACCCAUCCGGCGAAUCGGUUUUUAGCGGAUUGGUUCGCUUUACGCGGCGGAGAUUCUCCCGGAGAUGGGUUGAGAUUGUGUUCUCACGGCGGAUGUGGACGGCCGGAGAUAAGGAAACACGAGUUCCGGAGGUGUUCUGUUUGCGGCGUUGUGAAUUACUGCUCACGCGCUUGUCAAGCUCUAGAUUGGAAACUCCGACAUAAGAUGGAUUGUGCGCCGGCGGAACAAGGUGCAGCCGGUGACGGAGAAGGUAACGUUCAGAUUGAGGGAAACGUUAACGGUGAUAACGUACCAGUGGUGCCCAUGAGUUAACGGCAGCCAUUAACGGCUGGUUUUAUUAGACGCGAGAUGAGAUAAACGAAGCUUUAAUUAGUUUCGUUGUUUUGUUUUAUUAGUGGAAAGAUUAGAUGCGGCAUUAGAGUAAUUUUUGUAUUUUAAUCGCUUGUAAAGAGUAUCGUCAAAUCAAUGAACGAACGGCUACAAUGUUCAUUUC